ACCUGGGAAACUCCUCUAGCCCCAUCUAGGGGCCUCAAAUUACCCCUGACACUGGGAAAUGGACUAAGAGGGUCCACUUUUACCUGGGGUGUUAAAAUUUCUUUGCUGAACUCUGUACUUUGCAAAAAGAUUCCUGUCUUCCCAGGCCUCCCAUUGGCUCUGCAAGGACUAUUUGGGGUUCACAUGGACCUUUCUGCACCAAAGAGGGUACAAAGGAUCAUGAAUCCUCCCACGGCUACCUACAGAUAACGAUCAAGUGCAGCCAGACGCUCCCCGCCCUUCCCAAGCUGGCCUCUGCCUGAACCUCGUCAGCAGUAAGACCCCAAGUCUUCCUAAAACAGUAGGGUUUGGACGGUUCUGAGGAGUCAUCUUUCCAUUCCACAGGUCAUCAAGUCCUGAAGACGGAGAACUGGGGGUCAGGCAGCCCAUGGCCAGAGAGGUCUUCCAAUCACGACUCAGCCAGUGCAAGAUCCUGGAGCUCUCAAAGGACACCAGGGCCCUGAAGGAGGCCUUUGAGGCGGGGGACCUGCCAGCAGUCGCUGCCAAGUUACAAUCUACGCUUCAUUCUCUGGAGAAUGUCCGGCUGGACAUCGGUGUCACCGGGGGGAUGGGCUCAGGCAAGUCCACCUUCGUCAAUGCCAUCCGGGGGCUGGGGGACGAGGACCCCAACUCAGCCCGCACGGGCGUGGUGGAAAUGACCAUGGACCCCACACCAUACCCACAUCCCAAGUACCCCAAUGUUGUCUUCUGGGACCUGCCGGGUGUCGGCACCCCCGCCUUCCGGGCUGACAAAUACUUCCAGCGGGUACAGCUCUUCCGGUAUGACUUCUUCCUCAUCAUUACCUCGGAGAGCUCCACCGCCGACCUCACCGAGCUGGCUCGCGAGAUCCUGCGACAGGGCAAGCGCUUCUACUAUAUUUGCUCCAAGGUGGAUGUGGACAUCGCAGCCUCCCGCAGCCGCCGCCCCAGCUCCUUCUCGGAGGAGAGGGUGCUCAACCAGAUCCGGGACGACUGUGUGCAGCGGCUGGAGGCACAGGGACUCAGGGACCCCGAGGUCUUCCUGCUGUCCAUGUUCGACCUGGGCAAGUAUGACUUCCGCCUGCUGGAGGAGUCGAUGGUGAGGGACCUUGAGAGUCAAAAGCGGCAUGCGUUCCUGGUGGCCCUGCCCAACGUCUCCAAGCCCACACUGGAGCGGAAGGCGGCCUCGCUGAGGCAGCACAUCUGGCUGGUGGCCACGGUGGCCUGCGGGGCCAACCCAAGGCCCGUGCCAGGCCUGCCGGAGGUGAUGUGUGACCUAUACAUGCUCACCCAGGCCCUGGAGGGUUACCGCCACAGCUUCGGCCUGGACGGGGGAUCCCUGGUCAGGCUGGCGGAGCAGACAGGCCAGCCCUUGCACAAGAUCGUGCAGGUGCUACAGGGCCCGAAGACCAAGGUCACCGAGGCGCUGGUGGCAGAGCUGCUGGGUCAGGCCUCCGGGGAUGCCUCGGCCUUCAGCCAGAAGCUCCUCAACGUGCCCAUCCUUGGCUCCCUGGCCUCCUGCAGCCUGUCCUUCGCCACCGUCUACUGGAUGCUCCGCACCUCCCUGGACACGGCUGUCAGUGAUGCCCAGAGUGUGCUGGUUCAGGCCUCCCUCGACAGCCCCAACCGCAGGCUCCCGGAUGGAUCGGAUCAGUGGUCCCAGCCCGGCACCUAGGCCAGCCAGAGGUGGCAGCGAGGGGCUGGGAGCCUGCAGGCUCUGCCUGUGUCCAGGCUGGGGGGGUGUUGGGGGAGGAGAAGGAAGAAACUCCAGCUCCAACUGUCCUGGA